GGAAUAAGAACCUCGGCCAUAGAGGCGCUUGGAAAGGGGCAGAGCGGCUACACGCCCCCAGACUCUCCCCUCUGUCGCCUCACUUCCGGCCGAGACGUUCCCUUUUGGGUCCGGUCGGGCUCGACUUCCGGUGGGUGCGGGAGUUCCAGGAUGGCGUCGCCGGAGGUCCAUCAGCUCCAGGGGCGCCUGGAAGCCUUGGAGGGGCGCGUCUUCGGGGCUCCCGGCGCGGAUGGCGCCCCCAGGAAGAUUGGAGAUGGUUUAGUCAAAGUCCAAGUGGCUUUGACCAACAUAGCCAGCAAAAGAGAGAGAGUUAAAAUUCUUUUCAAAAAAAUUGAAGAUGUCAUAAAAUAUUUGGAUCCUGAGUACAUUGAUCGCAUGGCUAUUCCAGAUGCAAUGAAGCUGCAGUUCAUCUUGGCAGAAGAGCAGUCAAUCAUGGCUCAGGCAGCGCUUUUGGAGCAGGUGAGCAGCCUGCAACCCUACCUGGACAGUGCCCACAUCAAAGCUGCUCCUGAUCACGCCACCAAAUUGCAGAGACUUUCACAAAUCCACAUUCAGCAACAGGACCAGUGUGAAGCAGUGACUGAGAAUAUCCGGUUGCUCCUAGAAGAUUACAACAAAACGACUCUUCUCCUUUCUAAACAGUUUGUCCAAUGGGAUGAAUUACUCUCCCAACUGGAAGCAGCAAAGCAAGUGAAGCCCACACCUGAGUGAGGGCCAGGCCUUUGCUCGGCGUUCUUUGGAGCCCAUGGUUACUGUGCCUCCUUGUAUAACAUUUCCUUUUAAAAAAACAGUACCUCUCCAGCUCCUAGAGCUUCAUAUCCUGGACUCCCCACUUAGGUCCUCAGGAGCUGGUGAGACUUGGGAGGACUCAACUGACGUUUGGUUGUUUUUGUUUUGUUUUGUUUUCCCCUCUUCCAGUUUAACCAGUACUCUUAAGUUAUUUUUACUUCUCAUUCUGCCCACUUGUUGGGAAUGCAUGUCUCAUCAUAUUAGUUGCUGUUACUGUGGACCACAAUAAAACUCUAAUGACUCUCA